CUAUUAGUACCCUGCAAAAAUUCAUGGUUACACUCGCAGAAACAGAGAUUUUAGAAAUUAGAGCAAGGUUCUCUUUUCGCACUUGAUCUACUUGGCCUGUGUUUGUAGAGCUACAUGGGAGAUCAUAUCUCCAUGUUUGCAUGAAGAGAAAAUGGUGAACAAUCUUCUUUCACCCCCGCCGGUUGUUCACUCGGAUGUCUUCACUCUGAUCAACAAGGUAAGCCCAACCACAUUGCUCAUCAUCAUCAUCGUGUCCAUCAUCUUCUUUGUCUCUGGUCUGCUUCACCUUCUCAUAAGAAUCCUCCUGAGACCUCCCCACAGAGAAGUUGAGGACACGGAGAGUGUGACCCCAUUUCAAGGUCAGUUGCAGCAGCUCUUCCACCUCCAUGACUGUGGGCUCGACCAGUCCAUCAUAGACAACCUCCCUGUGUUCCACUACAAGGCCAUCAUUGGGCUAAAGGUCGACCCUUUUGACUGUGCAGUGUGUCUCUGUGAGUUUGAGCCUGAGGACAAGCUCAGGCUCUUGCCCAAGUGCAGCCAUGCCUUCCACCUGGAGUGCAUAGACACUUGGCUCUUGUCUCACUCCACUUGCCCUCUGUGUCGAGAUAGCCUGUGGCCUGAUUUCACUCCAAACAACACCUGCUCUCAGCCCUUUUUGCUAGUUCUUGAAUCUGGAAGUGAGAGCUCGAGAGAGAUUGUUGCUGACAGAAGCUCUGACUUAGCCAGGACCAGUUUGGCAUUGAGAUCAGAUUCUCAUUUUAGUUUUGAUGGAGAGACGAAAUUUGGGUCGUCCCUUGUCGAUUUAUUGUGCAAGUCUCGCGAAUUCGAUGCGAGAGAUGCUGCGAUGCAGACCGAAAUGGUGGAUUCAGGGGAGAGGGUGGUGUCUAUUAGGCUAGGGAAAUUUAGGAAUGUGGAUGGUGGUGAAUCUAGUAGUACUAGUGCUACCAAUAACACUCUGGGUUCAAGAAGAUGCUUCUCUAUGGGGUCUCAUGAGUAUGUGACAGAUGAAUCUUCCACAUUGCUAGUAGCAAUCAGGACCCCAUCAAAGAAGCAGCCGAGCAGGAAACCCGCAUUGCCACUGAGACCUGGUCACCGCCAGGCAAUGUCAGUGUGCAGUUGUGAAUCAAGGAGAAACUUUGAUGGCUUUGAUGCGACAAAAAGUGGUGAAUUUGUCUAUAGUAGAACGGAUACUGGUAUUGGGAGGAGCAAAAGAGAGAGUUUUUCGAUAUCGAGAAUCUGGGAGAGGGGAAAGAAGGAGAAGCCAAAUUUGAGGGGAGAGACGUCGGCCCAGGCAGCUUCUCUUCAAAUUCCAGAUAACCGGGCCAUCACGAGUGGAGAGGCCAAAGACAAGCUGAAUGGAGACAAUUGUGGUAGAGCUUGGAUGGAACUCGAACUUGGUCGCUCGGAGAAUUUAGGGAGCGAGUCCGGGUGUGAUCAGGAUAGCAAGAGGAUAAGUUUGAAUUCUCAAACAAAUCUGCCUUCUUACACCAGGAGGACUCUGCUUUGGCUUGUUGGGCUCGGAGCGCCACAAAGCAAGGUUGUGCAUGCAUCUUCCUCACCCCAAGUCUAGUCCUUUCUUCAAAUUUCAGAGACGAGAUAAAUUUCUUAGUGCAGUUCAACUCUCUUUUACUGGCAAGGUGGAAAACUCUAGCUGCUGCAUUGAGAUUAUUCAGGGUUUCUCGAAACUUAAUUUGCUCAAUAGCCAUAGUAUCAUUUCAUGCCAUGCUCAUGUAAUGUAUCACAUCCUUCAAGGAAAUUGCAAAAUCAUCCAGAUGUACUGUGUUCAUCGAGCCUGAGUCAAGUAGAUUUUGAAA